AUGGCUGUGGCGGCAUUCGUCGGAGAGGAGGUUGCUACCACGAAGGGGGCCUGUGCAGGGAAGACCCAGUGCCUCCACCCGGACAAGCCCAUGAUGUUUCCAGGUGAUGUUGCGCAAGUGUUGUUUUCUUGCGCAGACUGCCCGCGCCGCAACAGCAAGGCGGCAUCCGAAGCCGACGAGUUGAGUUCUGAGCCCAUGGCUGUGGCGGCGUUCGUCGGAGAGGAGGUUGCUACCACGAAGGGGGCCUGUGCAGGGAAGACCCAGUGCCUCCACCCGGACAAGCCCAUGAUGUUUUCUUGCGCAGACUGCCCGCGCCGCAACAGCAAGGCGGCAUCCGAAGCCGACGAGUUGAGUUCUGAGCCCAUGGCUGUGGCGGCGUUCGUCGGAGAGGAGGUUGCUACCACGAAGGGGGCCUGUGCAGGGAAGACCCAGUGCCUCCACCCGGACAAGCCCAUGAUGUUUUCUUGCGCAGACUGCCCGCGCCGCAACAGCAAGGCGGCAUCCGAAGCCGACGAGUUGAGUUCUGAGCCCAUGGCUGUGGCGGCAUUCGUCGGAGAGGAGGUUGCUACCACGAAGGGGGCCUGUGCAGGGAAGACCCAGUGCCUCCACCCGGACAAGCCCAUGAUGUUUUCUUGCGCAGACUGCCCGCGCCGCAACAGCAAGGCGGCAUCCGAAGCCGACGAGUUGAGUUCUGAGCCCAUGGCUGUGGCGGCGUUCGUCGGAGAGGAGGUUGCUACCACGAAGGGGGCCUGUGCGGGGAAGACCCAGUGCCUCCACCCGGACAAGCCCAUGAUGUUUGCUUGCGCAGACUGCCCACGCCGCAACAGCAAGGCGGCAUCCGAAGCCGACGAGUUGAGUUCUGAGCCCAUGGCUGUGGCGGCAUUCGUCGGAGAGGAGGUCGCUGCCACAAAUUGUGGCUGUGCAAGGAAGACCCAGUGCCUCCAUCCGGACAAGCCCAUGAUGUUUGCUUGCGCAGAUUGCCCGCGCCGCAACAGCUGA